AAGUAAAAAAUUGGAAAAUAUUUGUGUAGCCGCCUCUCUGCCCGACAUGAAGGAACCAUAGCAUCAAAAUUUAUGUCUCAACCAAAUGCCGUGUGUUGACUGUGGAUUAAGUCAUCUCACCCAAAUUCAAAACCAAUAAUGUUACUUACUUCUCUACCUUUUUAGUUACUUUCUCUUUUUUCUUUUCCUUCGAUGUUCUAUCUGGUGAUUUUGUUAAAAAAAUAUCUCAGUUUUCAAGGCCUCUCUUUAAACCAACAUACAAACAGACACAAUCAACCACAGACAUAACUCCUGUUGUUUUCUCAGAGUGUUUUAGAACACUGGACGGUUCUGUCUCAAACCCAACCAGAUUUGAAGAUUUCAGACAGCAACAUGCGGUUAUUCCAUGUUCUUGUCUUAGGGUUUGUGGCUUUGAAUUGCGUUCAAGUUUUUGAAUCCAAUGCUCAACUCAUACCACAAGAUGAAGUGAGAGUACUGCAAGCAAUAUCGGAUAAACUAGAAAACUUGAACUGGACAGUUACAGAGCGUUCCUGCACAGAGAAUGAAGGGUUUAAUGGCAAGAUGAAUAUAGGAGAUGACAUAGUGAGGAAUGUCACAUGCAAUUGCAACUUCGAAAAUAGCACUGUUUGCCAUGUUGAUAACAUCUUUCUCAAGGGUCAAAAUCUAUCGGGAGUUUUUCCCAGUGAAUUUGGAAAUCUCACCCAUCUGAAAGUGCUUGAUCUUUCCCGCAACUAUCUCAACGGCUCGCUUCCAAAAAGUUUUCCUCCCAACUCUUCACUGAUCAAUUUGUCCCUUCUAGGAAACCGACUAAGUGGUCAAAUUCCCACAGAAAUUGGUGAUAUUGAUGGUCUGGAGGAACUGGUCUUAGAAUGUAACCAACUUGAAGGACCACUUCCUCCUAGUCUUGGAAAUUUGAGCAAUUUGAAGAGACUGCUUCUUUCUUCAAAUAAUUUUACAGGGACAAUACCAGAAACAUUUAGCGAACUUAAAAAUCUGACUGAUUUUAGGAUAGAUGGAAGCAGUUUAUCCGGACCAAUACCCAGUUUCAUUGGGAACUGGACCAAACUUGACAGACUGGAUUUGCAGGGAACAAAUAUGGAAGGCCCAAUUCCUUCCACUAUAUCUCAGUUGAAACUUUUGACUGAAUUGAGAAUAACUGAUUUGAAAGGACCAACUAUGGAUUUUCCUAAUCUGGAGGAGUUGAAAAACUUGGAACGACUGGCAUUAAGAAAUUGCUUAAUCACGGGUCGUAUUCCAGAGUACUUCAGUGAAAUGGCAAGUUUAACUACUUUGGACCUAAGCUUCAACAUGUUAACUGGUCCAGUCCCAGAAUCAAUACAAAAUAUGAAAAGCCUAGAUUACUUGUUUCUGACAAAUAAUUCUAUGAGUGGAGAAAUUCAGGACUGGAUAUUGAGCUUCAAAGAAAACAUAGAUUUAUCUUACAACAAUUUUACCAAGUCUUCUGCAUCUAGCUGUCAGCAGGUGGAUGUGAACUUGGCUUCAAGCCAUUCUUCUUCAGCGGAAACUACGGCUUCAACUUUUUGUUUGAAGAGGAAUCUUCCUUGUGCAGGAGAACCCCAGUAUAAGUCAUUGUUCAUAAACUGUGGAGGAAGUGAGGGGGAGUUUGAAGGCAAUAACUAUGUAGGUGACCUCCGCCUAGAUGGCAUUUCAACCUUUGAUCUUAGAAAUGAUGGACAAUGGGCCUAUAGCAGCACAGGAGUAUUUAUGGGAAAAGUUGAUGCAGAUUAUGUAGCACGAAAUACAUUUUCUUUGAAUAUUAGUGGUCCAGACUAUUACCAAAACGCUCGCCUUUCUCCUCUGUCGCUUAACUACUAUGGCCUUUGUUUGCCAAACGGAAACUAUAAAGUGAAGCUCCAUUUUGCUGAGAUAAUGUAUACUGAUGAUCAAACUUUUAGAAGUUUAGGAAGGCGCAUAUUUGAUGUUUCAGUUCAAGGUGUUAGAUAUUUGAAAGACUUUAACAUUGUGGAAGAGGCUGGUGGAGUUGGAAAGGGCAUCACUAGGGAGUAUGAUGUUGAUGUUGAUGAUGGUACCUUGGAAAUCCACUUAUACUGGGCAGGGAAAGGAACUACUUCAAUUCCUGAUAGAGGUGUAUAUGGACCUCUGAUAUCUGCUAUUGAGAUGAUACCAAACUUUGAGAAUCCUUCAAAAGGGCUGUCUGGUGGAGUCAUUGUUGGAAUUGUUGCUGCAUCAUGUGGGCUUGUCAUAUUGAUACUGGUUGUCCUUUGGAAGAUGGGUCUUCUUUGUAGGAAAGAUACAACGGAUAAAGAACUUCUAGAUAUGAAAACGGGCUAUUACAGCUUAAGACAAAUUAAAGCAGCUACUAAUAACUUUGACCCUGCAAAUAAGAUAGGUGAAGGAGGAUUUGGGCCUGUAUACAAGGGUGUGCUUCCAGAUGGUGAUGUGAUUGCUGUUAAGCAGCUCUCCUCCAAAUCAAAGCAGGGUAACAGAGAAUUUGUCAAUGAAAUUGGCAUGAUAUCUGCUUUGCAACAUCCUAAUCUGGUGAAGCUGUAUGGCUGUUGCAUUGAAGGAAACCAGUUGCUUUUGAUAUACGAAUACAUGGAGAACAACAGUCUUGCUCGUGCACUUUUCGGUGGAGAAGAAGAGAAGCUGAACUUAGACUGGCCUACAAGAAUGAAGAUCUGUGUGGGGAUAGCAAGGGGAUUGGCUUAUCUUCACGAGGAAUCAAGGUUGAAAAUAGUGCACAGGGACAUUAAGGCAACCAAUGUCUUACUUGAUAGGGAUCUGAAUGCCAAGAUCUCUGACUUUGGUUUAGCUAAGCUUGAUGAAGAAGAAAAUACUCAUAUCAGUACACGCAUAGCUGGAACAAUUGGUUACAUGGCUCCAGAAUAUGCUAUGAGGGGUUACUUAACUGAUAAAGCAGAUGUAUAUAGCUUUGGAGUUGUAGCUUUAGAGAUUGUUAGUGGAAAAAGCAACACAAAAUACAGACCAAAGGAAGAGUUUGUAUACCUUCUAGAUUGGGCUUAUGUUCUCCAAGAGCAGGGAAACCUUCUGGAAUUGGUGGAUCCAAGUCUUGGUUUAAACUACUCUCAAGAGGAAGCCAUGAGAAUGCUGAGCUUGGCACUCUUGUGCACCAAUCCUUCUCCCACUCUUAGACCAACCAUGUCUUCUGUUGUGAAAAUGCUUGAAGGAAAAAUUCCAAUCCAAGCUCCUAUAAUCAAGCGCAGUGAGAGCAACCAAGAUUUAAGAUUUAAAGCUUUUGAGUUGCUAUCACAAGACAGCCAAACUCAUGUUUCAUCUGCAUACUCUCAAGAAAGUAUGAAGCAAGGAAACAAAUCAGAAGAUGGACCAUGGCUUGACUCCUCCCUAUAUCUUCAAAGUGAUGGCCAUUCUUCAAGCAAUAAACUAAUCUAAGAACACACCAUGGGAAAAUUUGUUAAAAGCUUAUAGAGGACUACUGCAAUUAAUUUUUAGUUCAUUUUUGAAGUAUAUAAACUGAAAGUACAGAGUUAUAUAUAUAUAGCAUGUACAAUC